UACAAAGUGCCUUCUUUUGAAAUUCAGGGGAUGGAUGGGGUGGAGGUGGGGCUUGAAUAUACAUAAGGAGCUAAGACAGCCCUGCAGUCCAAUUUGGCACAACCACAUCAGACAAUUUGCUUUUGCUCAACCUGUACAAGAAAGCUGAUUGGAUCUCUCAAUUCUUUUUAAGUCUCUUUUUGUCCUAUACUAGCUCUUGUUAGGAAAUAAUCCUUUUGGAUCGACCCCUCUUUGGGAAGAUCGGUACUGCAUUAGUGAUGAGCACAGGCAGCCUACUCAGAACUGAGGUUUUGUUCUGGAUGUCGAAUGCAGACAACUUGACAGGGGACCAGUCCCAGGACUUAGUCCUGCAACCUAUUUGGGACUACCUCCACCAGAACCACCACGACCUCCUGAGGAGCCCUCUCUUCCCAGUGGUCCUGUCUGUCUCCACCUACUUCCUCCUGGUUGGUCUUUACACCGUGUUGGACCUGCUGGCUCCCACCUGGCCCUGCAUCAACAGAUAUAAGCUCCAUCCUGACAGACCAGUCACCUGGCCCCAAAUUUGGACCACCUUGGUUGUCACCAUCUACAACCACCUGCUCUACAUCUUUCCAGCUGCUGUGGCUCAGUGGCUGUGGAGGCCGCCCACCCCGCUGCCUCCUGGAGCACCCACUCUCUGGAGCUUUUUCUUGGGUAUCCUGGGCUGCAUGGUAGUCUUUGACUUUCAGUACUACCUGUGGCACCUACUGCACCACCGCAUCCCAUGGCUGUACCGCACCUUCCAUGCCAUCCACCACCAGUACACGCAGCCUUUCAGCCUGGUUACCCAGUACCUAUCGGGCUGGGAGCUGUUCUGCGUUGGCUUUUGGGCUACAGUGGACCCCAUCCUACUCCAAUGUCACUGUCUCACAACGUGGGGAUUUAUGGUCUUUAACGUCUACGUUUCCACUGAAGACCACUGCGGCUACGACUUCCCUUGGGCCCUGCACAACCUGGUGCCCUUCGGACUCUGGGGCGGUGCACCCAAGCAUGAUGCUCACCACAAAAGGCCCGCAACUAACUUUGCCCCAUUCUUUUCCCACUGGGACUGGCUGGCUGGCACCCACACGGUGCCAACUCCCUCUGGUCACGCUGUCACUGCAGAGCCAGACGAGCUGGAGAAGAGAAACGACUAAAGGGCUGGAAUUAGUCUCUAACUGACUCUCUUCCUCUUUAACUCUUUACUUCUCCUGCUCUGACACACUUGUUUUCCUACCUUCUCUUCAUUUCCUCUCAUCCUGUCUUUGUUUAUAUUUUAUUCAUUAAUUUAAAAAGAAGAAGAAAAUAAGUAGGAAAUGAUCAUGACUAACAUUGUUGUGUUAAAUUGUGUGAAGAAUAUUAUAAUUAAUUUGUAUUUGAAAAAAACAAACAAAAUUGUUGUUUUGUCUGCAUGGACUUCUCAGGUCUGUUCCUCUGCAUCUGUUACAUCUUUUUGUACAUAUGACCUAAAAAUAAAGUGUAACGUUCUGAAACACAGGUUUUGAUAUUUCCUCUGUUUCUUCUGAUGAGUUU